AUGUCCUCUACACUCUUUGAUGAUAUAUUUAACGUCGAGUCGGUCGACCCAGGUAGAUACACUAAAGUGUGUCGUAUUGUGGCCACUUCUACUACUUCUCCAGAUACCAAGAUAACGAUAGACGUCAACACAGAGCUCUUUCCAGUAUCGAAAUCAGAUACUUUGACUAUUACUCUAGCCAAAUCUUUGAAUGUCGACGAUUCUGCAGAAUCGGAAAUGUUUACUGCCAACGGUUCGUGGAGACCUCCGAAACCAAAUCAGAGAUCUCUUACGGAUGAUUAUGAUUAUGUGAUGUAUGGCACUGUAUACAAGUUUGAAGAAGGCUCGAACGAUAAAAUCUCUGUAUACUGUUCAUGCGGUGGGUUGUUGAUGUGUCUAGAGGGAAAUUACAGAACGUUGUCAAGUUUAAAGCAGGAAAAUUUAUAUGUUCUCAUGAGACACUGA